CAAUUUUUAUGGCGCACCCUCGGCUCUUCCCAAAUCCAGGUAGUUAUCGCUUCAAAGUUGUUUUAGUAUCGGGAGGGGAAUAACAUUAGAACAACCGUUCAUGACCGUAAACCGUGUUAAAAAGAAACAUGAAAUUCGUUGUAAAUAUGCAACGAAAUCCGAAACCCGUUUCAUAUGCAACAAGUCCGCCGAGGAUCUUAUUUACAGCGGUCAGUUUCUUGCCGACUUUGCUGAUAUUUGCACGGGCUGACCGUUUUUAAAGUUAAAAGUCUUCAGAAACUUUGGUGUUGCUGUGGUCUUUUCACGAGUUGGAAACACAGGUACCACAUCAUGUCAUCCACACGAGUAGUGGCCAUCACGGGCUGUGACAGCGGGCUCGGAUGGGCCAUCGCAGCCCGGGCUGCCCGGGAAGGCCUGGUCACUGUUGCAGGGAUGCUGAAAGGUGCUGAUACUCCAGCCGGCCAAGCGCUGAAGAAACUCAGCGCUCACCCGUGCCAAUUAGACGUCACUGAUAAUAAUAGCGUGUCAGAUUUCAAAGAAUACGUCGACAAGCUGCUAAAAGAUAACCCAAACUAUAAGCUAUAUGCGAUUGUGAACAAUGCUGGAGUGAUGACGAUCGGCGACUACGAGUGGCAGAGGCCGAGUAUGAUAGAGGCUACCAUAAAUGUAAACUUAUUAGGGGCCAUGAGAGUGGUGUCAGCGUUUCUACCAGACCUUAGGAGAACAGCGCUACAGUUUCAGGGGGCACAGCCGCGCGUUAUCAACGUAGCCAGCCACUGCGGAUUACAACCACUAGCGGGCUUCGGGGCAUAUAGCGCCAGUAAGGCCGGACUGUUGGCGUGGACGCAAUCGUUGCGACUGGAACACGCGCCUCAUGACUUGACUGCAGUCGCUUUCAUACCCGGAGGCUUCGUUGGUGCCAGCAGCCUGUUAUCGAAACAAGCAGAUUAUGGAAGCAGCAUGCUAGAAAACUUAGACGAAGAACAAAAGGCAUUCUACGGCAAACGAAUCACAGCCCUCAAUAACUAUUUAGCAGCAGUUUCAUGCGAAACAAGUUUCGAUUCAUUGAAAGAUGAAAUUAUUAUAGAAACCUUUGUAAAAGCGUUAACUGAUGAGCACCCUAAGGAGUUAUACAAAGUAGAAUCAUGGAGAUACAUGUUUUAUUACAAUAUAUUAAAAUUACCGUUACCAGAAAGUGUUCGUCGUAGAAUAAUGAAUAGAUUUUUAAGUUUUCCUGUUGAAUAAAAUAAAGUAGGUAGCAUAACUUGUUUAUUCUGUGGACAAUCUAUAUUAAUAAUAAAACUGUGAAAACCAUCUGUUUGUCCAAAAAUUUCGUAUUUCUCAUCUGUGGGCUGGAGCAUGCUCCAUCUAAAAUAUAAAUAUUAUGUAGUUAACUCAAAGGUGACUGAAUCCACGCAUACGAAGUCGCGGGCGGCCGGCCGCUAAUCAUAACAAAACAUGGGUUUAAAUUUCGCGGCACAGCUCGAUCAGUUAGUUUUCGAUGGCAUCAAGCUUACAGUUAUUCUACACUGCAUCAACGAACUAUUUAGGCUAUGCUGGAUUUACACUAUGCGGAAAUUAGCCGAGUCAAGUAAAAAAAACAGAGGA